CUUUCUCUCAUUCUCUCUCAUUUACUGCUGAUUGCGCUCGGAAAUUCAUGUCCCAUCUGAAACACACAGGCGGCCCACAAUUGGUCGAACACCGUUCGGUUGAUCAUCAAGAACGCCGCUCGGUAUGGCAGCCGGUUCAUGCUCGCGCGAUCGUGGCACUGAGAUUGCACCGCAAACUUAUCUCACACAACCUGAAUGCAGUAAUCUCAACCCCGAUCGCCAAUUCUGAGGCGAGGCGGCACGAUGCCCCUGCGCAACAGGGUCGUUCAUAUGAGGCAAAGCGAACGGGUGGAAGAGGCGUCGAUGUGAUUAGCAGGAACAUAGACGUACACUGGAGCAAAGCGCAGAGGGAAAGCGUAGGACAAUGUGCACAGGCGUAGGACAAUGUGCACAGGUGAAAUGAGGGGAAAUGUGGAGGGUGCUACUUGUUCUUCGUCGCUCUGGAAGCAAACGUAUCAGCGUCUUAUUCGCCCGUUCCCACUCCGUGGAACGGGAACUCACUUGUACACGAAACGUUUCCGCGUAUGCGAAAAUUCGCCUAGCU